AUGGAUACCAACGGAAGCAAAGAACGUGAGGUUAUGACCGAGUUCUUGUCUUUGUACUGUAAUUUACUAUGUCUUUGGGAUAUUGGCUCGGAUUUAUAUAAGGACAGGAAUAAAAAAAUGCAAGCAUGGGAGCUUUUGAAGGACAAGCUUCAAGAAAUUGAACCCGAGGCAAACAUCGCUGCAACGAAGAAAAAGAUUGAGCAUAUGCGAUCGGCUUUUAAGAGAGAGUACAAAAAGGUUAAAGAAUCAAAACGAACGGGAGCAGGAGCCAAUGAUGUCCAUGUUCCUAACCUUUGGUACUAUAAUUUGCUGCUGCCUAUCUUUAACAAGAAAGAUGAACAAUCGAGAUGCGGUGUGGACACGCUGUCCAGUGAUGAAGUGAGUACCUAA